CUUCCCAACAGAUGCUGCUUUGCUCUAAGCCCUAAGCAAAAAAGUAUACAAAUUACUCAUCGUAAAUUUUUUCCAUUUCCAUUGAGUUAUUAGUAUUUAUCAGAUCAAUAAUUUGUGUGUAUUUCAUCUGUAUAUUAAACCAUGGCUACCACAAAUCAUGAGACUGAACAAGAAAUCCAGGAGAGAGAGCAUUUCCAGCGCAUUGUUAAUGUCUUCAAGUCAUAUAAGUUCCUGACAGAUGAAUGGAUCAAGACAAAAAUUGCUCUGGUGAAGAGUUUGUCUCCAGAACAGCAGCUGCUCCUGAGUGACUACACUAAACACCUGGCCGAGAUGAGGGUUUGUGUUGCCCACAACGCUGAGGUGGUGCAACUCAUCAUCAAUGAUGUUGAGAACAUGUUUGAGAAUGUGCAACAUGAGGAAGAUGGUAAGGCCAGUGUGAAGAAACGACCAAUUUUGAGAUCUGACUUGGAGAAAGUCUACACAACCCUGCGUCAGAUCGUCAGAGAUUGGACGGCAGAAGGGGCGGCUGAGCGCGACCUUUGUUAUGGGCCCAUACUGGAAAUAAUUGAUAAAAAAUACCCUAAAGAUAAAAUAGAUCGGAGUUGCAUCAACGUGCUAGUGCCUGGUGCAGGCUUGGGGCGCCUGAGCUAUGAGCUUGCCAACAGAGGAUAUGCCUGUCAGGGCAAUGAGUUCAGCCUCUUCAUGCUCUUUGCUUCAAACUUCGUCUUGAACAGAUCGAGUGGCGUUGAAAGUUUGUGCAUCUAUCCGUGGGUGCACUCGGUCUGCAAUGUCCUGUCUCCUGAUGACCAGCUCCGCUCCGUCAAAUUCCCCGACGUGAACCCCUCCGACCUGCCACCCUCUUCCCAGCUCACCAUGGCUGCCGGCGACUUCCUUGAGAUAUACACUGAGGCGGAUGCUUGGGACUGCGUGGCAACCUGCUUCUUCAUUGACUGCGCCAACAACAUCGUCAGCUUCGUCCAGACAAUUUACAACAUCCUCAAACCUGGAGGGCAAUGGAUCAACUUGGGGCCGCUGUUGUACCAUUACGCCGACCAGGAAGGCGAGGAGAGUCUCGAGCCUUCCUACGACCAUCUCAUCGCCAUCAUCAAGAAAGUGGGCUUCGUCAUAACGGAGGAGCGUACGAACGUGUCUUCUUCAUACGCUCAAAACCCGAACUCAAUGCUCAAGACAGAGUACAAGAGCGUCUUCUUUGUGGCGAGCAAGCUGUCGUAGUAGAGGCUUCCUCUAGGCCUUCAUCGUGAAGUUGGAUGCUUCAUCGUGGAGUUGGAUGCUUCAUCGUGGAGUUGGAAGCUUCAUUGUGGAGUUGGAAGCUUCAUCAUGGAGCGUCAAUAACAUGUGGCAUGAUCUGUAGUCACCUGCAAUGAAAUAUUUGUCCACUCCCUGUAAUGAGCCAUGCUCAUCGUUUUGUGUUCAGUUAAAGGUUUUGCGGCUCAAACCUGUAUUGCAGAGGGUAAAGGCAGAAUUGUAUAUAAUUACGAUACUGCCCAAAAGAAAUUUUUUAGUUUUUUAUAGCUUAAUUUACAAACAAGAUUGAAUAUAUUGUUCCUUCUCUUCUUUGUAAACCGAACAUUACCGAUAGCUUAAUACACAGAAUUUUCAGAAACAUCAAACCGUCAAUUUUGGUUGCAUCGUAAACUUUUUCGGGGAUUUUUCUAGUGUUUUUACGUUUCCUCCCAAUUCGAUGUUGUAUCCAUGAAAACCACAACAUAUAUUAUAGAGUGAAUUUAGCUAACUAACAGAACAUGAGGAAUGUGUUAAAUAUUUCUGGAAAAAUUUAUCGUCGUGUUUGAUGAACAACAGU